CUAGGAAAAUAGUUUAGCGUCUCUUCACAGACGGUGGUGGUAGAGAUAUACAGUGUCGUGAAAUAGUGAAAACACUAAUCGUAUUCAUGAAUUUACUCACGUAUUUUUUUUACUUGAUCUAGUAGGCAUAUUUUUAUAACACUGAAGCUGUUAUUUACCGAAGUUUCGGUGCAGUAAAUGGAGGAGAAGAAGGAAGACGGAGACUCGGAGAUUCAGGAACACGGACCCGAGCAUUGGUUCUCAAAAUGGGAGCGGCAGUGUUUGGCCGAAGCGGAGCAAAGGGAACCGAACGAGGAGGAGGCCGAUAACGACCAGGACAAACUGUGGCACCUCUUCCAGAACUCUGCCACAGCUGUUGCACAAUUAUACAAAGACAGAGUAUGCCAUCAACAGGGCCUCUCACUGUGGGUGCCAUUUCAAAAUGCCGCUACAGCGGUUACCAAUCUCUAUAAAGAGAGUGUUGAGGCCCACCAGAGAGGCUUUGAUCUGGGCAUCCAGAUAGGUCACCAACGCCGUAAUAAGGAUGUGCUGGCUUGGGUAAAGAAGCGUCGGAGAACCAUCCGCAGGGAGGAUCUGAUCAGCUUCCUGUGUGGCAAAGCACCGCCUCCUAGGAGUAGCAGGGCCAACCCACGACUCGCCAUGGUGGCUUCUAGCCGGGCUAACUCGUCGUCCGAGACUGGCUCGUCUGUGGAGACAGACCUACAGCCCUUCAGGGAGGCCAUAGCACUACAUGGUUUAAGCGGAGCCAUGGCGAGUAUCAGCGUGCGUUCUGGCGCUCCAGGGUCUCCCACCCAUGUCAGCGGGGGCGGCGGCAGCAGUAGCGGAGGCGGUGCGGGCUCGGGACCAGUGUGCCGCAGCAGGCGUAACGGGCUCCACGAUGUGGACCUGAACACUUUCAUCUCCGAGGAGAUGGCACUGCAUCUGGACUCUACAGGCUCUGCCUCUGCAGGAGGGGGAGGGGCCAGGAAACGAAACUCCACCCAGUGCAGUGAUGUCAUCACAGACUCCCCCACUCACAAACGCAACAGGAUGAUCUGAUCUGCCGUACGGAGGGGAGGGGGGCUUCGGAGCCAAGGCUUGGAGGGGAGGUUGGGGUGGUGGACGGGCUUGAGACAGACGUGCAGAUGGACGGACAGACGCUGGGACGGUUGGCUAUGCAGAGAAUCUGGGCUGAAAAUAAAAAUGGGGUGGGAGGCUUUGCGUUUAGUCUAUUUAAAUGGUGGAUGACUCCUUUUUCCUUGUCUUCUUUCAUUGAUCUUUCACUAGAGGUCAGUGAUCUGAGGGUGCUUGUAGUGAGUGUAGUGGUGACAGAUCUGAAGGACGUCUCCCUGUCCUGAUGAGCUGAUUGACUGGAAAGGAGACAACGAAAAACACCACCAGUCCAUUCUGGGACGCAGAUCUUCUCAGAGGGGUGGAAAUGCACUGUGCUGCUUUACCAAGUAAAAGCCACUUGAUCCUUGACAAAUCUGUGCCCUUCACUCCCUUUACCUCCCUUGUCUUCACCCGCCCCCUUAAUAAGGAAAUGAGGGCCAUGAUCAAAUCGUCUCACUCAGUGAUUUUCAGUUUUUCGCCAAAUGUUGGAAGCAACUCUGUCGGAGACCCAUCUCUGCUUAAAAUGACCCACCUGUUCUUUCUGUUACCAUAAUCACAGCUCUCGCCUGUCAGUGCGGGAGUGAAUCCAGUAAGAGCACAUCUGCAGCAUCUUCCCAACUCAUCCACCUCCCAUAACCAGUUCUGUUACUCUGGCUACUCGACUGACAACUCAUAACUACCAAUAGCAGGCUAUUGAUGUUUUGAUGUUUAGACCAUUUUCUCUGCUAACUACUCUUCUUCAUCAGUGGUUAGAUUCAGUUUAGCCAGUCUCCCUUGUUUUUGUUUUGUUCUUCAACCACCAGUGUUAAAAUCUAGGUUUGUUGCCACUGUUUGCAGCAGUUACAGCCAAGUUUAUUUCACGUUCUCUCUACACCUUUUUUUGUGUUGUCGGUGUUAAUCGAAAGUAAAAGAAGUUUGUUGUCACAGCUUCUUGGACAUCGGCCUGUUUGCAGACUUCGUCUCCUCCUCCCCCCUUUUCCCCCUAGUCUUAUUACAGAAGCAGCUGCUGUUUUUAUGUGAUCGUGUGAUUAUUCUGAGAGUUGCAAUAAUGAUUUUUGCACUUCGCUUUCACUUUCAUGCAAACAAAUCAACUCUUCCAUUUGUAUCCCAGUUGUAGCUUCUUGAGCCCUAAGCAGGCCCACUUGUGGUCAAUACACAAAUUAAUUCAUGGUGGGUGCUCGGCAAAAAAAAGCCCAUUCAGUGACUAGAAACGGAGCCCACGCGCACACCUCUGGCUUCAGCACACAUCCUCAAAUGUUUCAUGUGUUGGAGCAUUUUCUGCACGUGGGCUCUUCUUGUAUUCAUCCAGCCCAAUGCAGACAACCCUAAUCCUUCCCUGCCUGCCUGCGGCAAAUGAUUUAACUUAUUGGAAGAUAAUCGGUGCUGUUGGAAAGCAUAAAUCACCGAAAUGUUCUUUAGCAGAGGCAGCGUCUAUGAACCCCAUACAAACCAGUGCACAUGAGCCACUCGAUAAUUCAGCUAGAGUGUUGGUUUGGGUGUUGGGACGCCGCCUGCUUUCUUUUCUUUCUUUUUUGUUUAAGGGGUGUGUGCAUUAUUGAGAUGUGGAUAGGUUUGAUUGUUGCUUGGUACAGGAGAGGAUUGAUGCAACUCGGGGCUUUUUUCAUUCUUGAAAUGGAUUUUGCCUUCCAUCCUUUUGUUAGGAAGAUCAGAGUAUGAGGCGCUGCAAUCACAAGUCAGAUUUUUUGGGUAUAUUUACAGACUGAAUAGUCAUAUUGUACAAAUUUGUGGCAUAUUUUUGGGUGUAAAAGCUCUCAAGUAUAGGAAUACAACAACAGGAUUUUAAAUUGAGCUUAACAUGAAAAGUUAUCAUGAAAUUUUUCAUUGAGGCUCUGGCCUAGUAGUAACACAGUAAGUUUUCACUGAGCUGAUCAGGAUGUGAAAAAUGUAAUAUUUGCAAGAGCUCCUGGAACUGACUCAUGAGAUGUCAGCGUCUCCUUCUCUGUUCUCCUAGAUUUUGCUGACUUGUUGACUCCCCUUCAUUUUUCUCACCUGGUUUUUCUUAUUUCUGUAAAGCAUGCCAGUUUCCAGCUUCUGUUGUAACAUUUUGGUCAAAGAUUUCAUGUCUGCGUCAGUUGGCUUUUGUAUUCAUACACGGUUGCUGGCUUGUCAGGACAAAAGAACAAACCAGCUUCGGUGCUGUCAGAAUGAAUAGUUUUUCUUUAUGCACAGUAGUGCAACCACUGCCUAAGAUAAAGAAAUGUAAUAAACCGGAUAUUGGAAAAUGAAGAUCUGAGGAGUGAGAUUAAUUUAGGUACAGAAAACCUCAUAACUGUGAAGGAGGGUCAAAAAGUAACUCAAAGAGUGGCUGUUUGGAUCUCAAACAGUAUAUCUUUUUACAGAAAUGUCUUUGGAUUUCUGGGUCGCUUCAGCGUUCACAAGUGCAGUACACAGUGAGACAUAGGAAGGAUCCAUGUUUCUUGAAUAGGAACUUGGCCCUAAAAAUUCCAGUUUGAACUCUGCAGCUUACUCAGUGGGGCUCAUGAAAGAGGAUGCUGUGUUGAGCAGACAGAGGGCUGGGGAUGUCUGGGUGAGCCGCAAAGACCAGCCUGUCAGCAGGGCUAUCUCAUCCACAUGCUCUACAUUAAUUCACAGGAAUCCAUUUUGAAUUUUUGGUUGUGUCUUCACCAGACACAUGGCACAUUGUGUUUUUGUGUCCAACAUUGCCUGCUAGUAUUGGUAGCAUUACUCAGUGAAACCAAGAGACAUGGUUAGAAGCAGAUUUGAUGAUUUCAAUAAAGGGAAACUAUAUACAUGUACACACACACACACACACACGUCAUGUGCCUGGUGAAAGCAACAUAACUAAAAUUCAAAAUAUCAAAGUGCCCCUUUAAACUGACCCCCUUCCUUGACUGAAGCCAGUCACAGGGUUGUGGUUUUGUAAAACUGACACCCCUUUGCCUCUUCUCAGUGUCCAUUUUAUGUGAAGGCUUCAUAGCAGAGGACAGGAUUGUGCCAUCUCUACAGUACCACUGUUCCCACCUGCAGCAUUGACCCCACUGACUAGGCUGUUAUAAUAGUGGGGGCACCGUCUUUUUUUUUUUUUUUUUUUUUUUUUCUUUCUCCCUAACCCACAACCAAUCACAGGACUUCAUCCACAUUGUUUAAAAGGCUGACUCAUGCCACGACUCUCUGGAGCCAACACUAUUAUCAGCUGUUUCUUGAUACUUAUUUGUUUAAAAGUAAUAAAUGGCUAAUCUAUAUACUUAACAUUUAGGUGUUGGUAUGAUAUAUGUGGUUCACAUUGUAAAAGAAAUAAUACAAAACCAUUGAAUUGCAAUUUGAUGUACUAUGUUUCAUUAAAAAAGGACAAUGUCACAGA